AUGGCCGAGCCUAGUAUACCAUUCGAUGGCCCCCGCAGCAGAGCGCCUACGUUUCCACGGCAGCCAGAGGAGCUGCAUAUGCCCUCAGCGAACGCCUCUUCGAAGCCGCAAAAUGAGCAGCAGCAGCAGCACAGCUCGAUUCCGCCGCUGUUGAGCAUCCAGCAGCAGCCGGGUCCCCAGCAGCAGCAGCACCAGAAUAAUGCUCUCCCGGGAGCCCUACAGCCUGGUCCUGCAAGCCGCCAGGGACAGCCUUCUACGACACAUCACAAUAGCAGCAACAACAUACACAACUCGUCUUCCUCGUCCGGAGUGCCCUCGCAGCUAGCGGUGCCUAUGACCCCAUCGAAACAGUCGUCUAUGAGCCAGCUGCAGUCCUAUCCCUCCAGCCCAGGAGUAGAUCAGCAGCGAUACCAGCAUCACCAGCAGCAGCAACAGCAACAGUCCAGCAUGAUGUCCCCGUCCGGACAGUCAUCGUCGACGCCGUACUCGCCGCUCGGGCUAGCAGAUAUACGCCCUCACAUGGAUCUGGGCCGGAUAGACGACUCGGCCGGCUCGUCCACCAUCCACAACGGGGACAUGCACACACCCAAGAACAGCAGCUAUCUCGCUCCGUGGGCGUUGUAUGCGCUGGACUGGUGCAAGUGGCCCGCGGCGCCAAACACCAAUUCGGCGGGGAAGAUUGCUCUCGGAAGUUAUCUAGAAGACACCCACAACUACAUCCAAAUACUUCACGCGCAGACGGCUGAGCGGGACUACAAUGAUCCCGACAACGAUCCGGGGCUGGAGUUUGUGAAGACCGCGGAGGCAACACACUCCUACCCGGUUACUCGCAUCCUCUGGGAGCCGCCAUCGUCGCAGAAACAGUCGACGGACCUGCUGGCCACCUCUGGCGACCAUCUCCGGCUCUGGUCGCUACCCUCGAACCCCAGCCAGCCGCAGUACUACGGCAGCAACUCGAUCAACCGGAUGAGCGCGAGCAACAAGAGCCCUCCGCCGCUGCAGAAGCUCUCCCCGCUCGCUCUCCUCUCUAACUCCAAGACCCCCGAACACACAGCGCCCAUAACCUCGCUAGACUGGAACGCUGUCUCCCCCAGUCUGAUCAUUACCUCGAGUAUAGACACCACCUGUACGAUAUGGGACAUACCCACUCUCACUGCAAAGACGCAGCUCAUUGCCCACGACAAGGAGGUGUACGACGUCCGGUUCUGUGCAAACAGCGUAGACGUCUUUGUUAGCUGCGGUGCAGACGGCAGCGUGAGAAUGUUUGAUCUCAGAAGCCUAGAGCACAGCACCAUCAUCUACGAACCAUCGGAGAAACACGAUAAGGCAUCACCACAUGAUGCCCACCUACUGGCGACGUUUGCCCAGGACUCCAACAUCAUCCGGGUGCUGGACGUCCGCCAGCCGGGCCAGGCACUGCUUGAACUCAAGGGCCACGCUGCGCCCGUAAACUGUCUGGAAUGGUCUCCAUCCCGUCGAGGCACGAUAGCCACGGGGGCAGACGACUCGCUGGUCCUGAUCUGGGACCUCAUCAACCAGAACAACGCUGCGGCCUUGCCACUGCCUCCUCAGCAGCCACAGGGCCUUCACUCCGGCGGCAACGGCAACAGCAGCAACUCUGCCGCGGCCUCGACCAGCGGCAACGGGCCGUCGACCCUCGAACGAGGUCCUGCCGCCGCCUGGCGCUGUGACUAUGAAGUGUCGAACAUCAGCUGGGCGCCUCACAUUCCUGCCACCGGCCCGGGCAGAGACUGGGUUGGCGUCUGCGGCGGAAGAGGGCUCUGGGGAGUGUCCAUAUAA